UGGCUAAAGUGUGGAAAAAACAAAAAUUGCACAAUAAUAAAAGUGUAUAUUGACUGAACAGAGGUCACGUCUCUAUGCAAUGCUGUGAACAGCUCCGACUAAACAACAGCAAAUAGUUUACAUUUCACAGGUUGUUUUGAGAUCAUCUAUCACAAUGAGGAUCCUAUUAGUGGUUUUAUGGAUGAGUGUGAGGGUUCAGUCUAAAAGCCUGAUGUUCCAGCCUCUAGACUGUGCAGACAUUUAUAAUGACAGUUCUUGGACUAGUGGAGUAUACAUGAUCUAUCCCGCUGGACCCAACUCUGGCCGCUAUGUGUACUGUGACAUGAACACUGAUGGAGGAAAAUGGACUGUGUUCCAGAGAAGAAUGGAUGGUACUGUGAACUUCUACAGAGGAUGGGAUCAGUACAAGACUGGCUUUGGGCAUGCAGGUGGAGAAUACUGGCUGGGACUUGAGACAAUCCAUCUUCUCACGCUAAAGAAGAACUAUGAGCUACGAGUAGACUUAGAGGACUUUCAAGGAACUAAGGUCUAUGCAAAAUACAAAUCCUUUGGCAUUUCUCCAAUGGCUAUUAAUGCAGAACUGGACGGCUACAAACUGCACGUGUCUGAUUUUGAAGAUGGUGGUGCAGGGGAUUCCUUGUCAUACCACAGCGGAUCAAAGUUCUCAACCUUCGACAAAGAUCAGGAUUUAUAUGAAGGAAAUUGUGCUGUUUCCUAUGUGGGAGCAUUCUGGUACAACUCCUGCUACAACUCCAACUUAAAUGGACUCUAUUCAUGGGGUCAAGACUUGAAAAUUGGUCUAAACUGGAGGGCUUGGAAAGGCUUUACCUCGGUAAAGAGUGUAUCGAUGAUGAUGAGACCAGUAAAUCUGGCUAAACUCCAGGUCAAAAAGAGGAAGAAGAAAUCCCUGCUGUACUAACUAGGGAUCCAUAAAUAAGUACAAGCAUGAGUAAGAAUAUAUAGUUUUUGGACACUGAAAAACAACAGAAAUCUUUUUUGUGCAUCUAACAUGAUUCGAUGACAUACUUUCAAAACCCUGAAUAAAUCUGAACACCAAGCUCACACCUUAGCUUAGAAUUUUACUACUGCACUAUUCUAUCAUGUAACACUAUAGUUAUAGUUUCCAUCAGUGCUAACAUCCUUGUGAGAUUUCGCAAUGUAAUUGCUUUACAUUAAUCUUGUCAUUUCAAACUUAUUUAAAUGUAGUUUAAGCAAUGAAAACACUUUUUUUUCAAACUAUAAAUAUAUGAAACUAUACAUAAUAUGUUUUCUUAACCCCCGUGUGCUGAUUGGGUCAAAUUGACACGUUUUAUAUUUUUAUUAAAAGUGUUUUUCUGUUUAUGUAUGAGAGCUUGUGACGGCAAUAGUCUUUUGUUUCCAAUGCUUGUACCCUUGUUCAUCAUCUGUACUGAAUAAAUCAUUGGAAAAUAAUAAACUUUUAAUUAAAA